AUGUUUUCAAUAUUUUAUGCCGUUACAUUUAUCGAUAAAGAUGAAACUGAAAAUUGGUGGUGCUCAUCUCUAUCCGAUCAAAUAGUCCCUUUAAUAUUAUCACUAGCACACUUUUUGUUCAUUACUUUAUUUCUCAUAAGUCUCAAAUUACGAAUUAAAAGUAUUAAAAGAUCUACUCAAUGCAAUGAUGAUUCACUUGAAAGCGAGUCUCAACGUCUAAGAUUUGUCGAAACAGAAAAAAUUACAUCUUAUGUUUUCAUGAUCUGGGUUCAAUUGCUCUUUUUAAUUAUCUAUCUUAUUGCCCAAUUCACAAUGGCUAACUCUGUGGCUACCGGCGUAUAUUACACAUUUGCCUUAUCUAUUGGUGGUGUGUUAAUAUUAAUCCAAUAUAUUCGUAACGAAUCCUUAAUGCACGGACAAAACCAAUCGAAAAUUCCAAAACUUGUAAUCGAUCAUGUAUCUACCGAAGGUCCCAAUGUUUCUCAAAUAAAUUCCAUGAAGAAUUAUUUCUUUGGUCGAUUUCAUUCAAAUAAAAAUUUAUCUCCCUCGUCGACCAGUAUUAAUUCUUCCCCUAGAGAAUCUUUCCGCUAUUCAUUCCGUGACUCAUUUCAAAAAUUGAAGUUACCAUUCACAAAAAUUCAAGUCCAAGUGGUUCAACACCAAACGUCGGACUUUUCCACUAUUGAUAGUCAUGAUCAUCUCGAAAUUCCUGUCACUAGUGACAUUUCUUAA